AUGUCUUCUCUCCCCAGUGGCCAGAAGCGGCCGGCUUCUGAGGAGCGGGAUCCCUCCAUCUCCCCUCCGCCGCUGAAGCGUAAACUUCAGAGCACCAUAUCCAGUCAGUACACCAUCUUGCUUCUAUGCCUUCUUGGCUGCUCAUACACGCUCUUUUUCACCAAUACUGACCUCAAGACAGAGGAUGCCGUUGCGAGCUUCUUCACACCUGCUUCGCAGAAACCCAAGGAUCGAACGAAUUGGACCGAACGAGCCCCCGACACCGACACGGCGGCGACACUGCUUGUCGCAAAAUACGAACCCGCAGAUAUCGAACAGAAGCCCGAACUGCCGUCGAGCAGAAGCAAGAUUGCAGCAUUUGACCUCGAUUCGACGCUGAUCACGAGCGCUUCUGGAAAGAAGCAUGCCGAAGACCCUGGUGAUUGGAAGUGGUGGGACAACAGCGUGCCCGAGAAGCUCAGGAAGCUCUACUACGAGGAGGGGUACCGUAUCAUCAUCUUCACGAACCAAGGUGGACUGACUCUCCACGCGGACCCGAAGGCAAAGGGGCCCAAGAAUGCGCACAUGAAUCGGGUAGGCAACUUCAAGCAGAAGUGUAACGCCGUGCUCUCCCGACUCGACCUCCCUGUGACACUCUACGCCGCAACGGCCAAAGACAUCUUCCGGAAGCCUCGAAUAGGCAUGUGGAGAGAAAUGCAGGAUGACCUCUCCGCGGGAGACAUCGAUCUGGAACACAGCAUCUUUGUUGGCGACGCUGGCGGCCGAACCGCACUGCUGAAAGGGGGUGCCGUCGUCCCCAAAGAUUUCAGCUGCUCGGAUCGGAACUUUGCGCACAAUGUGGGCAUCCGGUAUCAGACCCCAGAGGAAUACUUCCUUGGUGAGCACCCGAGAGACUUCGUACGAGAAUUCGAUCUGGUCCACCAUCCCUUUGCAGAACAUGAAUCGGAGCCUGGCCGGUCAGGGAGUAUGAUUUUUGAGAAAGUGAACAAAAAGGACAUUGUUUUGUUCUGCGGACCACCCGGUGCGGGGAAAAGCACUUUCUUUUGGAAGCAUCUGAAGCCUCUGGGUUAUGAGAGGGUCAAUCAAGACACGUUAAAGAGCAAGGAGAAAUGCUUCAAAACUGCCAAUGAGUACCUCAGGGCAGGCAAAUCAGUGGCAAUUGACAACACCAACGCGGACGCGGCCAUUCGAAGUCAAUGGAUAGACUUGGCCAAGCGGAACUGUGUCCCGAUCAGAUGUGUUUGGUUCAAGACACCGUUGGCACUCUGCGAGCACAACGACACGGUGCGGGCCUUGAACUCUUCGAUGAACCCCGAGACAAGGACAUCACUGCCACAAAUCGCCUUUCGGGGGUUUUCGUCGAGGUUCAAGGAGCCGAAGGAGAAAGAGGGUUUCCAAGAUAUUGUUGAGUUGGAGUUCAAGUUCCGCGGAACGAAAGAAGAGCACGACAUCUGGGCUCGCUACUGGCUUUGA